AUGGAAGCAAAGACGAAGAAAAGAAGCUUGCUUGGUGGAGAGAAGUCAUACGAUGGUAAAAGAAGUAAACAAGACGAUUGGAAGCUUGUGCAUAAGAAAUAUGGUGAUGGGAUUGCUUGGUUCAGAGGUGCAAUGAUAGGUAAAGGAAGUUUCGGGUCUGUUUUUCUAGCGAAUUUGAAGAAACCCAAAUCGAAAUACAGCUAUUAUCCACCGAUUAUGGCUGUGAAAUCGGCGGAGGUCUCUGCUUCUGGUUCAAUCCAAAAGGAGAAAGAAGUUAUGGAUAACAUUCGUGGGUGUCCUAACGUGAUAAAAUGUUUUGGCGACGAGAUUACAAACGGAGAAGAUGGUCAAAUGGUGUACAACUUGUUGUUGGAGUAUGGCUCCGGUGGAACCCUAGCUGACCUAAUCAAGAAAUCCGGUAAAAGCUUGCCGGAAGUUGACGUCAGACGCUACACCAGGUCAAUUCUACGUGGGUUAACUCACAUUCACAAGAAAGGGUACGUUCAUUGUGACCUAAAACCUGAAAACAUAUUGCUUGUAGCCAAUUCAAGAGAUGGUUUCACUGCUAAAAUUGGGGAUUUGGGAUUGGCAAAACGAGCAAAACAGAGCAAGAAGAACAAGUUGGGUCCUUACUGGAGAGGCACCCCAAUGUACUUAUCACCUGAAACUGUUAUUAAUGGUGUUCAAGAGCCUCCUUCUGAUGUGUGGGCAGUUGGUUGUAUUGUGUUUGAGAUGUUGACUGGAAAACCACUUUGGUUUUCUGAAAAAGAUUUGACAGUUGAUGAGAUUUUGAGUCGUAUUAGUGAUGAUGAAAAUGAGUUGCCAUGUGUUUCCAGCAGUAUAUCUACAGAUGGAAGGAGUUUCUUGAAGGGUUGUUUGUCUAGAAAGGUUAUGUGUAGAUUAAGGUCCAAUAUGCUGUUAAACCAUCCAUUUGUAAAAGGUUUACUUGAUGACAAUGUCAAUGAGGUUGACAAAUCACAGAAAGAAGUUUUUGACAUAAACAACAUCACCUCAUCACUAGCUUUCUCCCAUGAUGAUGAUGAUGAUGAUGAUGAUGAUGGAGAGUUAUGGUCGUCUUCAUUUACAGAUGGAUCAAGCUAUGAUGGUCUAUCUUCAUGGUCAGAAGGAGAUGUGAACGCCAUUAAAAGUGAAGAAAGUAGAAGAUUCCAUCAAGUACAAAAAUACCCGAUUACAUUAACUGUUUCCAAGGGAGUUUAG